GUCCCCUCUGUGCACCACGCUGCUAUUUAUAGUCAGGACAAAUCCCAGAUAUGACAGGAAUCCCUUUGCCUCUCUGUAGCCUACAGACCCAGAGAAAACUGACGGAGAGAAUCUAUCCACCGAUCAGCACCGGAGAACCACCAAGGACCGAGACGGGAAGGACAGAGGUAGCAGAACGUGAGGGGACGACGAGGAAAAAGUGACCCGUACUUGGUCUGGACUUCCCUAGAAGAAGAACCUCAGUGGAUAUAUCUAUCAGUAGGAUCCUGGACGUCACGUCGCACCAUGUCUGAAAAACCAGCCAGCAGCGUAAAAGCCUUGGGGGCUAACCUCAAUAUUCCAAUGGGAGCUCUGCGUCCAGGGGCGGGACUUCCUGUGAAGAAGAGAGAGGAGUCGGUGGAAGCAGAAGCGGAAUAUAAAAAUGUAUCGCCUGUCAGUCCAGAGGAGAAGAAGGCCCUUCCUGGUGCUGUGAAACUCCCCGGGCCGGCUGUUAACCUCUCAGAAAUUCAGAACGUCAAGAGCGAACUCAGAUUUGUAACCAAGGACUAAAUUCAGGAGACUCUUCUACGUUCAUGUUCAAAAUAGAGACAACUCAAAUGCUUCUUUGGUUCAUCUACAGCUACAGCAAGACCCCCCAGUAGUCCCAGAUUUUCAGAUACCCGUUCGUCAAUGCAGGAAGACCAGGGCAGCAAAAGGACACUGUCCAGCCCUGUCCAUCUCAACCUGAUGGACCCCCUACAUUGACGUUGACUCGAUUUCUCUUUCAGCUUCUGUUACGUCUCCUGUUUUAAAUCUAACGUGUGUAUUUAGUUAUUUGUUUUUAUAGUGGAUUUGAAGGCUUUACUGCUGCACAUAUCUGAAUUCCUUUACAGAUCUGAAAAACAACAAAUGUACCACUUUUUCCUGGCAUUUUUCCCUCAAAUCACUCAGAUUGUGUCGACUUGGUUUACCAUUGUUGCCUCUCUUAGAGAGUGUAGGCUGACACGUAAUAAAACAUGAUUCCUUCUGCUCACGAUGAGCUCUGGUGUAGGAGGAUUCCGGCGAAGCAAUCUCGUGUGGUCUCUGAGCAAACAAAACUGGAUUUUCAGCACACUGCUACUGUUUUAUUAGAUCUGAAAUGUGAUAUUUGCAAACUCUUUUUGUAAUUGCUACAGCAACACAUAAGCAAAAGUGUCCUUAUGUAAGAUUCUGUGUUCUUCAUUUGACCGAAGAUUGGGAGCCGUCGACGUUAAGGGCUAACGGUACACUGUAUGUGUGAGGGAUAACACAAACCCGGAUCAAAAAUAAAAUAUGCCACGAACUUGA